AUGUCAUAUAACCCACAGAAGAAACCAAUCGUUGCCGUCGCCGGCGUAGGACCCGGGAUUGGCGAAGCUGUUGCCCGUGAAUUUGUCUCGCACGGCUUCGUCGUAGCUCUCAUUGCGCGGACCGAAGAAAAGCUCCAAACCAUCCGUACCGCCAUUGAAGAAACAUACGGAAAAGGCACAGCCCGAUACUACAGCACUGAUCUCCGCGUCGAAGAAGAUGUCAAUUCCAGCUUCAAAAAGAUCCGCGACGAACUAGGCCCCGUCAACGUACUAGUCUACAACGCCGGUGCGCGCCGCGUCAACGGCCGCUCAAUCCUAGACACCACGACCGAAGAGUUCGAGGGCUUCACCAAGAUUAAUCUCUUCGGCGCGUUUUGGUCGACAAAGUGCGUCCUGCCGGAUAUGCUGGACGCUGGCCACGGCACCAUCAUCUACACCGGCGCGACGGGUUCGUUGCGCGGCAUGCCGGGACUGAGCAGCUUCUCGCCGGGGAAGUUUGGUCUUCGGUCGUUGUCGCAGAUUGUUACGCGGGAGUACCAGAGUCGUGGGAUACAUGCGGCGCAUCUGAUUAUUGAUGGGCCGGUUGAUGGGGUUUUGAUAGGGGGUGUUGUGAGGAGGCAGUGGGAACGGGUUGGCGAUAGGGAGAAGUUGGGGGAUGUUGAGGCGCAUUUGAUGCAGCCGGCUGAUUUGGCUGGGAUUUAUUGGUAUUUGCAUACGCAGCCGAGGAGUACGUGGACUCAUGAGUUGGAUGUGCGGUCUCAGAAGGAGAAUAUGUUUUCAAAGAUGUGA